AUGACAUUAGCCAAACUACCCCAGAAUGCUAAGGUGGCUGUUUUAGGAGCAGGUGUCCUGGGAUUAACAUUCACUUAUUUCUUAUCCAAGUAUCGUCCAGAUAUUAAAUUCACCAUUUUCGAGAAACAAGGAAGACCAGGUGGAUGGAUGUUUUCUCCCUCAUUAUCAAUCAAGGAUACACAUAAAUCAAUUGUUCUUGAAAAAGGUCCUCGUACAUUACGUGGGGUAAAAGAUGGGACAUUGCUUAUGAUUGAUAUACUUCGACAAUUGGGUCAAGAAGCUCAAGUUGAAGUACUUAGUAAUAAAUGUACUGCAAAUAAAAAAUAUAUACUUGACUCAUCGGGUGAAAUUGUGCAAGUACCUGAUUCCGUUAGUACUGCUUUGAAUUUUGCCAAGAAUGUUAAAUUUGUGGAUGGUAAUAUGGUAUUUGGGGUAUUGAAAGAACCAUUUAUAAAGCCAUUGAAGGAAGAUGAAACAAUAGAACAGUUUUUCAAAAGAAGACUCGGUAGUACUGUGUUGACCGAUAAUGUAUUGAGUGCAGUGGUUCAUGGGAUUUAUGCUGGAGAUGUUGGAAAAUUGAGUAUUAAAAGUAUAUUACCUUUCUUGAAAGAUGCAGAAAACCAAUCUGGUUCUAUUAUUAAACAUAUUUUCAAAUCUAUAUCAAAAUCAAAAUCAAAGCCAAAGUCUGGAGAGGAAUUGUCUAUGGAGUUACAAGAGUAUGAGAAACUGAUCUCUCCGAACGCAGGAUUGCUUGAUAUGCAAAAGAAAUUAAAGAACUACCCUAUGAUUAAAUUUCAUGAUGGUAUGGAAGUGUUCCCAAAGAACUUGGCAUCUUAUUUAGUCAAUAAUACUAAUACUAAUAUUGUUUACAACUGUUCUAUCGAUAGCGUGGACCCAAUUUCGGGGAAAGUUAACGGUGAACAAUUUGAUCACAUAAGAUCAACUAUAAACACCCAUGGAUUGGCUAAGACAUUACCUCCAACAAAUCCACUCGUUCCAGAAUUAAAGUCCAUACAAUAUGCCAGUAUUUUUUUAACCAACGUUUAUACAAAAACUCCAGGAUUAAUUCCAAAAGGAAAACAAGGAUUUGGUUUCUUGUGUCCUAGGUAUAGAAAAAUUUCUCAAAAUGAAGAUGCAUUAUUGGGAACAAUUUAUGAUUCUGAUGUGGAAAAUAAUGUCGAAGGGUUGUUUACUGGAGUAAAACCAGUUGUUCUGGCUAACAAUAAAAUCACCAUUAUGAUGGGUGGUCAUUAUUAUACCCAUUGGUCAAUUCCCUCAAACGGUGUGAAUUUGAGUAUUGUAAAGAAGGUUUUGGAAUCGAAAUUAAAAGUCGACUUGUCAAAGUUUAAUAUCAGAGUUAUAAAAGAGGGAGAACCAUUGGAACUUGAUAACAUGAAGGACGAUGAUUUAAUUAUCUCCUAUAAUUUACAUGUCAAUUGUAUACCGCAAUACAAUUUGGGUUAUCAAGAAACCAAAUCUAAUGUUGAUAACAUAAUUAAACAAGACUACAAACUUUCAUUUGGAGGAACUGUCUUUGGUGAAGGACUUGGUGUACCUGAUUGUGUAAUUGGGUCAUUUAAGGAUGCCUUGCAAUUGAAAUAG